AAAAAAGUAUUUUAUUUACCGAAAUAAGACACAAAAUGUCGUACAAACACCCGAACGAUGGGUCUUACGGGGCAUCGUCCUCCGUGUCCCGGGCGGCCCGCUCGCGAUCCCUCGACAGCAAUAACAUGGAGAAUUCGUCCAUGCUUGUUGACUAUACCGAUGAUUUGACGCCGCAUGGAGGUAAUGCGUCUAAAACCGAGAGCAACGGGGGCGCCCCUGCAAAUUCGUCCUUCUUCUCCAAAACGGGCCAACUGGAGACGAACAAGAUCAUCAACAUCACAACGUCCUCCUUUAACAACACGACGCUGAGCGGCGGUGACCCCAAUGCGUCCUUUCCGGAAAACCCCCCGGUAAACGUGAACAACAGCGCGGCACUGGUGCACAAUGUCCGAAAGAAAAUAUUUUCCUCCUGGAAGGGCCAAGCCUUCGUCGUGUUUUGCCUGUUCUUGAUUGUCGUUUGCGUCUACAAAACCAUGUACCGUGUGGGAGGUCCACACAAGCCACCACACGUGAUGAAAACAACGCCAACGGAAACGACUUCGCUGUCCCCGGCAGAGGCCGAACCUUUGUCGACACCCGAGCCACCGCACGCGCUGAAGAAGAAGCAAACGACGCAAGUAGCAAUGCAGCCGGAAGCGCCGGAAAUCGGGGCGCCACCGGUGCCGGAGAAAUCUCCGGUGGUGCCGGGCGUGAAAGAAAUCACCGAAACGAAGGAGACAACGGAGAAACCGAAAACGUAUUUUUAAUUGAUACUUGCGUUUACUCAAUAAAAAUCUGUCGCGUGAUCUGGUCCUUCUUGUAAAUUAAGCUUGUUGUCAUGCCCGCUUUAUGUAGCUUUUUAUGCCUAGGCACAGACUACGUCCCAAAUAUGUUGAAUAUCUCUUUGACAGGCAAGAGGCCCCACCCCCCGCCCCGGCGGUCAACCUGCCCCCCGGCACACCGAUCUCCGCCUGGCCGAAGGCGGGAAAGCGGUUUUCCCAGACUCCGGAGGAGAAGGCAAACCUACCUCUCAACGAAGCCGACGAUGCCCUGCGCUUCACGUGCGAGGGCGAAACCGUGCAGGGGAUCAAAGACGGCGAGGACUAUUGGGUGUACAUGCUGCCCUUCGAAGACAGCGUGGAGGGGAGAAGGGCCUGGGACGAGUGCUACGACAUGUUCUGGGCAAAGCACUACGAGGAGAGCCCGCUGGUGUGGGGGCACUUUGAGAAGGUGUACGACGUGACCACCUGGUCGCAUGCCGACCCGGAUGAGUUUCCCCACGCGCACCACUGGCGUCCGGCAUUGAGGGACGGAGUGCAGGAAAAGGAGAAGUUCAAAAAGCACUUGGAGGCGAAGUUUUUCGGUAGAUUCAGUUCUUUUGAUAGAUAAUGUCUUCUUGUGAUGCAGUUGGAUCAUGAUACAGAAAUCAUUUAGCAUUGACAUUCAUCUCUGGCAGUUGCGCCUCUUCAGUUCCGGUUCCGUCACACUUUGCACACACUAAACCACUCAGGUUCUGCCGUCACGCUGUACAGUUUCAUGGUUCACGCCGCCACCCGCACCUCCGUUUGGACCGGGGUGUGGCAGCACCCCUACGGCGUGUCCGAACCGAAAGACCUCUUGAAAUCCGGCUACUUCUGGGAGGUCCAGGUCGCGAAGGAGUCGCGGGGGCAUGGAGCCUGCGCCUCCGCCAUCUCCCGGUUCUUCGACUUGUCACAACGCAUGUACAACACGAAGGGGAAAUCGAACAGCAAGUACCUCCCCCGACUAUGGCCGGGGGUGUUCGCCCAAGCGACGCCGACGGGGCUGCACCCCACGGACGGGUCCAACCUGUACGGGGAGGAUGCCGACAUCCAGGCGGGGGACUUCGAUUUUUUCCUGAAAAAGAUCAUGAUAGCGGACGCGAGCUGGGAGUCCAUCACCUUUGACUACAGCAGCAAAAAGUCCCGGGCGACGAAGGGCGAACUGGAAAAGUUCCGGUGGUUCAAGCAUGGCGCGCGCGCGCAGUUUCCCGGGGUGCUGAUGGCCACCCUGAAGCGCAAAUCCGAACAAGCCACCGCCGCGAACGAGGGACCGGGGGUUUACCUGGUGGACAACUACGAACCGGUGGACGCGUUUUUUCGGAAGUCGUACUACUCCGCCCCGGUGCCGGUGCCGAACCACCCGCAGCCGGUCGACGCCCACUUUGGGAACACCUACGGGUGCAAGUGCUACCGGUCGCCGUGGAAUUAUGCAAGAAAAAAACUGUGUAAGUGUAACUCUGUAAUGCAGAACAUGCAACAGAGUUACGCUUGUCAUGCCACACAGCCAUGAAGUCCCUUUUUCAUGUGUAUUUUCCCUUACAAGCCACGCAUAACAGGUUUUCUCUGUCGUGUAGAGCAAAUUUGUGAUGCUGUCAGCCAAAGAAAGUUACACUAACACAGUUUUUUUCUUGGAUAGGAAUGAGGCGGAAAAAACCGGGAUAAAAUUCCAGGAGCCCGCGAUCGUUCUGUCCGGGUGGGGCCCGCAGAACGUGUACUUCGACGGGCGGGUGGAGGAAACGGUGCAGGACUGGCGUUACACCUACAUGUACGACGUGGCAAAAUACGGCGAGGUCUUGCAAAACGAACGAAUCCCCGCGAUUCCGGAAUCCGAGUGGAUUCAGGACGACCUCUCCGUCGUGCCGAAAAUGCAGGGCCGGGCGGAAAAAAUCCUGGCCAAGGAGCGGGGCGAACGACCGGAGACCGACGAAGUGGCCGGGGACGGGUUCAAGUCCUCUCACUCGUCGGGAGAGCACUCCGAACAAUCAUCCCAACUGCAAUUGCGCGCCGGUGGAUCUUCAGGUUCAGGAUCUUCUCCUGCAGCCGCGAGCACGACAAGCGGCAUGUCGUCGGCACUGCUGCAGCAGGCAGAGCAGGAGCCACCAAAGUCGGAACACAGAGGACAAAGCUAUGGUGGGAGCCUCGGGUCUUUCUGUGUCGGCGGGGACGACUGUGCCGGGGAUCCGGAUGCUCCCAUCAACUGCGAACACUUCAACGAGGACGAGUUUGAGUGCAGUGAUCGGGACGACUGUGCCUGGAACGCACAGAGAAAAGCGUGUCUGCCGGCGGGGGACCAAAACAUGGCGCAAAAAUCUGAUGGAGCGGAAGCGGCGGGCGGGGCCGGGGCCGAAAUGCGGUUUGGUGUCGGUGUGCAUGCGCCUGGCGUCGCAACGCUCGGAGGCUCCGUCGCUGCGAAACUACCAAGUGCAGCCGUCGCGGGGUCGUCGGCGCUGGAGACGAAGAACGAGGCCCGCAAUGCCCAUGUGAGGGAGGUCGGAGCGGAAAGACGACCGGGAAACAUGCGGGGAAGCGGCACGGAACGCUGAGAAAAUUUGCACAUCUUGGUGUCAGUUUGACUAGAAAAAGAAAAAAUUUGUGUUGUUGUAUCAAGAAAUUAAUACGAGAAAGUAAAAGAUGUAAAAAAGAUAGGACUCAAUCCUUGUUUAUAUGUUCUACAAACUGAAAAAGUGGUCAGCAAAUUAGAAAUCAUUAUUACUACUAGAAAUAAGUUGGUUUUGUAUCAAAAAGAACACCUCCUUCUGUAUGAUUUCCAUUUCCCGACCCGUAGUAAAUUUGAUUGUCUACACGUACGGACAAGCAGAAAUGAGAACGACCACAACUACGACGAAACCACCUGAAAGUGUACAAUCCUGCUUAUCCUCCUAGCCAAAUUCAAAUAU